AUGAUAAACUUCUUGAUAAUAAAAUGGAAAAAAAUAAAAUACAAGUAUAUGACAACGAAAUUGAAAAUUGCAAAACGGAAUGAAAAUGAUGAUAAAAUAGAACAAAAAAUAAAUAAUAAUUUAAAUAUAAAUAAUUUUGAAUAUAUAUUAAACUCUAUACAAGAAUCAAAACAAAGAAAUAUAAUAAAAAAAUAUAGCACUCUAGAUAGAUAUAUAUCAUUUUUAUUAAAAAAUAAAUUAAAUAAAGAGAAUUAUAAAUAUAAAAGGAAUAUAUUACAAGUUCAUUUAUUAGCCAUAGGUUGUGAAUUGGUUAAAAUAAUAGGAGAUGGAAAUUGUUUAUUUCGAUCUAUUUCAUAUAAUUUAUUUGGAAAGCAAAUAUAUCAUAUGUAUAUCCGUCAAGCAUGUGUUGAUUAUAUGUUAAAAUAUAAAAACGAAUAUUCUAUAUAUUUUGAAGAAGGAAAAUUUACUAAAUAUAUAAAAAAUAUGUUAAAUGAUGGGUAUUGGGGUGAUGAAUUAUGUAUUAAAGCCAUAGCUGAUACUUUUGAUUGUGUUGUAUAUAUAAUAACAUCAAAUCCUGAUAAAUGGCUUUUAAAAUAUGAACCGAAAUGUAAAAAUAAUUAUCAACCAAAGAAAUGUGUUUUUUUGGCUUAUUCGAGUCCUAUUCAUUAUGACUCGCUCAAAUUAAUAAAAAUGUGA